UGUUAUGUUCCCUGUCAGUUGUGGCAGCGGGAAUACUCCCGGGAUGUUCCUGAGCUGUCAUUAUUCCCCCCUCUCUUCUUUCUUCUCUUGUAUGAGUGAGUACAAGGCGGCUUCACUUGUGCCUAAAGCUGCUCACGGCAGAGGAAGAUGCUGGAGAGGGUUCUCACCUUCCUGUUCCCUAAGCUGGUCUCUAAAGAGAAGCCCUCACGUGCUGCUGGGGAGCAGGAGGAUGAGACAGAGCGAGGCAAAGCACCAAGGGCACAGGAGAGCUGCAUAGAGGACUUCAAAGUUCUCAAUCUCCUCGGCAAAGGCUCAUUUGCCUGUGUGUACAGGGCCCAGUCUAUCAACACUGGCAUCGAUGUAGCCAUCAAAAUGAUAGACAAAAAAGCUAUGCAGAAGGUUGGAAUGGUGCAGAGAGUCCGAAAUGAAGUCGAGAUCCAUUGUCAGUUAAAACACCCUUCUAUUCUGGAGCUGUAUAAUUACUUUGAAGACAGCAACUAUGUAUAUCUGAUUCUCGAGAUGUGCCACAAUGGGGAGGUGAACAGGUAUUUAAAGAAUAGGAAGAAACCUUUCGCUGAAGAUGAAGCCCGGCAUUUCAUGCACCAAAUUGUCACAGGAAUGCUGUAUCUUCAUUCACACGGUAUAUUACAUCGGGACCUCACCCUUUCCAACCUACUGUUGUCUAGUGACAUGAAUAUCAAAAUUGCAGAUUUUGGCCUGGCAACUCAGUUGAAAAUGCCAAAUGAGAAACAUUUUACCAUGUGUGGCACACCAAACUAUAUUGCUCCUGAAAUUGCUACACGGAGUGCUCAUGGUCUUGAGUCGGAUGUCUGGUCCUUGGGAUGUAUGCUGUAUACUUUCCUUGUUGGAAGACCACCUUUUGACACAGACACUGUAAAGAAUACACUGAAUAAAAUUGUACUGGCAGACUAUGAAAUGCCUGACUUUGUGUCAAGGGAGGCCAAAGACCUGAUUUUUCAGUUGUUACGAAAAAACCCAGCAGAUCGGUUAAGUCUUUCAUCAGUUUUGGACCAUGCAUUCAUGACCGGUUUCUCCAAUGUCCAAAGUAAAGUUAUGGGAGCUGUUGAGGACUCCAUGGACAGUGGGCAUGCUACAAUAUCUACUGGUUUCACUGGGUCUUCUGGGGUAAGUAUAAGUGGCCGUUUUCAGGAGAAAAGAAUCUUGUCUGGCCCUUCGCUCCCCAACAAAGUCAAUAUCUUCCAAUUUAAGGAUAAACAUCCUACUGAAAGAUCAAAUGGUGGAAGCUUUCAUAAUACACAAAGGGAAAAUAAUGACUUUUCUGAGGGCAAUGGAAGGAAACCUGUUGCCUGUGAGGACAGACCACAUUCGCGUUACCUGCGAAGGGCUCAUUCAUCUGACAGGUCAGGAACCUCUCAAAGUCAAACUUAUGCUAAACCAAGCAGCUAUUCAGAGCGGUGCCAUUCAGUGGAGAUGCUUGCUAAACCCACUCAUUUAAAGGGCUACCGCACUUCUUCACCUCCCAACAGCUAUGGAGACAUACCACAGAUGUUCACAGAUGAACGUUCUUUGGAGAGGCACACUUCUCCUCCAGUGAAAGAAAAAACACCUUCUGAGUUCAUGGGCCCAGCAAAGCAAACUGCCCCAAGAUCUAAUGACAAAGCUGAAACUGUUCAGCAGUGGUUUGGAGCGAUGCAACUGAAUGGUCAAUUUAAAAAUACGCCGGAUACCAGCAGUGUUAGUAACAUGGGUGGAGAUUUCUACAGCCAACAGGCCACUCAAAAUGGCGCGCCACAAUAUGCUUGGAACGAUGUAAAGAGGAAAAAAAAUACAGACUCCUCUAUUGAGAGUGUUCUGCUAGGAAUAAAAAAAAAUCCUGGUACAGGCCAGCGCAAGGCAGAAAAAAGUCAAUUUGGGGAGCAGAGCAAAUCCAGGGUACCACAGCAGGCAUUUGGAUCCAGUACCCUGAGAUCCAUCAUUUCUCCACUGAAUGCAGAAAGAUUGAAACCAAUCAGACAGAAAACAAAGAAUGCAGUGGUUAGUAUCCUUGAGUCGGGAGAAGUCUGUAUGGAGUUUCUAAAAGAGCAAAAUUCUCAAGAACGUGUUAAAGAAGUGUUAAGGAUAUCUUGUGAUGGAAAUUUGAUUUAUGUGUAUCACCCAAAUGAAGGGAAAGGUUUUCCUCUAGUUGACCGACCUCCAUCUCCUCCAGAAAACAGGCUCAGUUACACCUUUGACAGUUUACCAGAAAAAUACUGGAAAAAAUAUCAGUAUGCUGCAAAAUUUAUAAAACUUGUACGAUCUAAAACGCCAAAGGUUACCUACUAUACGAGAUAUGCCAAGUGUAUGUUAAUGGAGAAUAGUCCCACUGCUGAUGUUGAAGUCUGUUUCUAUGAUGGAGCAAAGAUCCAUAAGACUUCUGAUGUAAUAAGGGUAAUAGAGAAAUCUGGGAGAUCGUACACACUGGAAGGGAGUCGGCUGAGCACCUUGUCCGAUGAAGUUCGAUCUUAUUUGGAUCAUGCCAAUGAGAGCCAUUGCGUUUGCCUGUCUUUGGAAUCUGCAAUCAACACAGAGGAGAAAAAGGGUGAAAAUAUUUCUUUGUUUCCAAUUACGUUUGGCAGGAGGCCAGCUUUAGCAGAAUCACCAAAGACACAGCCAACACCUUCUGUGGAUAGUGCUAGAGAAAGAAAAGAAGAGCAGAGUUAUGUUAACAGAGUAUUACAUGGCAGUGCAGCUUCCCCACCCCAGAUGCCUAAUCUCAAUCCCUCUCUGAUUUCCUAUGAUGGUUCUGUAUUCUCUGCUACCACCGUGCAACCUUCACCUACUUCAAAUAUCCACAAUACUCCAGAUCAUGCUCAAGUCCUAAAAUCUGUUUUUGUUGAAAAUGUAGGCUGGGCAUCUCAGUUAAACAGUGGAGCAGUAUGGGUCCAGUUCAAUGAUGGAUCUCAACUUGUUGUUCAACCAGGGGUCUCCUCCAUUAUUUAUACCGCACCAAACGGCCAGAUAACAAGGCAUGGAGAGAAUGACAAACUUCCAGAGUACAUCAAAAGCAAGCUGCAGUGUCUCUCCUCCAUUCUAAUGCUCUUUGCCAGCUCGUCCAGUCGCUAAUGGGAAAACGUAACUUUCAACACAAGCCACCAUUUACCAGAUGAAUAUAAGCCCCUUCAGUACAAUACAAUACAAUACAAUAGUGCUUGCUGAGCCUUGUGAUCACUAUUCACUAUGAAAUGCCAACCUCCCCUGGAUUCAAUCUCAUCACAGCAUUUAUAUUGCCAUUCAAUAGGCAGCCUAUUUUUUUGUAAAUAUAAAAAUUAACAUUUAUAGCGUUUUGUGACCAUGUCAUUCUUCAGAUUCCUUCAAUGUAAUGUUUUACUGUCCGUUGUGGGUGCGGGGGGCAGUCGUGAAUAUCAUGGAAGUCUUGUUUCACUCUAUUUUUGUACAUGUAAAUGUUGUAUUUUUAUGUAAAAUUCUAAAGUAUAUUUUUUAUUUUUGUUAACUUAUUUUGUAUUCACAGUUUCUAAUGAAAUAUUACUGCAACUUCCAAAACAUUAAAAAAAAAGUGCAGCGACGUGAUUCUUAACUUUAUUCCCAUUAAAUGGUUUUAUUCUAAUAAAGGAUCAGAGGUU